CCCUACUCCCCCUCCCCAGAGGUCAUCCGGGCGCGGAGACUCAACGUCCACGACGUCUCCACCAACUCCGCCAAGCUCCAGUGGCGCCCGGUCCUGGCCGGGCUGGGGGGUUACUACGAGAUCCGGUUCGGCCCAGUCCCGACGGGCGGGCCCGGGGGCGGCGGCGGGGGGGGGUCCGGCACCAGCCCCAGCCAGGGGGGCGGUGAGUACCAGAGGCUGGUGCGGCCCGCGGACAUCAGCUCGGCCGUGCUCACGGGCCUGAGGCCGGACACCACCUACCGGGCCACGCUCACCCCCGAGUCCAACGAGGACGUCCUCACCCCCAUCUCCGUCACCUUCACCACCAAGCCAGAGGUCCUGAGCCCGGCCACGGUGACCGUCUCAGAGUCGGGCCAGACCAGCAUCAAGGUGAGCUGGGGUCCACUCCAGCCAGAGUCUGUCUCCUCCUACCUGGUGGAGUACUCCGCCCUCCCCACGGGGAAGCUCCACACGCUGACGGUGUCCGGCGGGCAGAACUACACGCUGCUGCGCGACCUCCACCCUGACACCACCUACCUGGUCACGGUCAGCGCGCGCCACGCCUCUGGGCGGGAGCGGGCCCUGUCCGUCAAGGCCUGCACCCAGGAAGCGGCGCCGCCCCUGACGGACCUCCAGCUGACGGCGGUGGGCAGCGGCUCGGUGCAGGUGGACUGGCGGGGCCAGGCCGACGGGGUCCGGGGCUACUGGCUGACCUGGCAGGAGGCCGCCGCCCCGGGGGGCCACUCCAACUCCCUGCUGGCGCCGCCGCCGCCGCCGCCGCCCGGGCCCUCCGCCUCCCACUACCUGCCCGCCGGCGCCCUGUCCACGCGCCUGGACCAGCUGCCCCCCGCCGCCCGGGUGUGCGUGUCCCCCGUGUACCGCGCCGCGCGGGGCGACGGCCUCUGCUGCACGGCCCGGUUCGACACAGAUGCGCGUGUGUACGGCCACCAGUCCUAACCUCCCCCCCCCCCCAGACUGACUCAGCACCUUACCAAACAUGGAGGCUCGUGGAUGAGGAAGAGGAGAAGAAUCUUGAUGUUUCAUCUCCCCUUUUCUCCCGCUCUGCUCCUUUCAUGGACGUGUGUGCUUUGGCGAGCGCGGUGCGGGUUCGACGCCAGAGACACUUACCGCACGCCCUUGAGUCUUGGCGCUCAACCCACGGCCAACCGGCCUCACGACGGCUCACCUGUUUUGUACCUGUAAUAUAAUUGUACAAAUAUUUGCUGUGUGUGAAAAAAAAAAAAAAGGAUCAUAAAGUGGAAGGAGGGAAGGAGUAAUGUAAUAAUAUACUGCCGGAGGAUGCAGACGGAGAGAUAGGGUUUUAUGGACGUCCGUCUUUCCUUCAGACAAAGCAAAUAUUUGGAUCUGGAAUAUAAUUGUGCAGAUAUUUGCUUUGUGUCAAAGGGAUAAAGUAAAGAGGUGGAAUAGUCAAUGCGACUGUAUUGGGUAAAAGCUGAAGAGUGUGUUUUGCUGAGAAUGGUCUGGCAUUCUAACAUAGCAAGAUCUGAUUUGAACUUCCACAGCAUAUGGUGGAUUCCAUGCCAAAAUCAUUUUAUUUCUAAUCUGGUGAAUGCAUAGAAAACAUCUGAGAUCCAUUCUCUCUGAUUAGUUACACGUUUAAGCCCUAAAUAUUCUCUCUGUCUUCUGACAUAUGCUCCAUAUCUCUGUGAACUUGUUGAUGCCAAACACACACACACACACACACACACACACACACACACACACACACACACACACACACACACACACACACACACACACACACACACACCAU